AUGAAACGAUGCUUGUUGGGGCAAGUUGUCGAGAAGUUUUUCCAUCUAAGGGACGUGUUUGUAACUCGAAAAGAUGUCGCGGAAAAGCCGAGCGCGGAAAAAACUGAACAACCCGCCAACAGUGAAAAGCCUGUCGUUGCGAAGGGCGUGUCAGGUGUUGUGAAGUGGUUCAACGUGAAGAACGGCUACGGAUUUAUUAAUCGAACCGAUACCAACGAAGACAUAUUUGUUCAUCAAACAGCUAUUACCAACAACAAUCCCAACAAGUUCCUUCGUAGCCUCGGGGAUGGAGAGGAAGUGAGAUUCGAUGUCGUGGAGGGCGCGAAGGGACCAGAAGCGUCCAAUGUAACUGCUAAAGAUGGUGGACCAGUACAAGGAUCGAAGUAUGCUGCUGAUCGCAAUUCCGAGCGUGGAGGGCGUAGGUUCAGACGCCGCAAUUUUUAUCGUGGUGGACGUCGUGGAGCUCCUACCAGUGGAGAGGGACCGGAUGCGGAUGGUGUCGCCAAUGAGCAUGACGGAGAUCGACCAGAAGAGGGUGGCCAGCGUCGUUUCCGUGGAGGUCGUGGACGUGGUUAUCGUUUCCGUGGAGGGCGCGGACGUGGAGCUCUGGCAGGUAAUCACGAGGAUGGGUCAGCUGAAGGACAGAAGAGUGAUGCGAUGAAUGGCGGUGAGGGAGGACGUGGAAGGGGACGUCGUGGUCGUGGUGGACGUGGACGUGGAGGCCGUGGUCGUGGAGGUGGCGGUAGUGGAAACAACGGCAACGGCAAUGGUCUCAACUCCACUCCUCAAUUCAGUUUCGAGGGCAACAACUGUCAAAUUCUCUAUCCAUCAAUUAAAUACUCUACAUGA